AUGGGGAAAAAGAAACAAGCGCCACGGUCGGCGCCAGGGGCGGCAUCUACAUCAUCCUCACCCGCUGCCCAACCCACUGGAGCAACGAAGCGACCGCAGGGACGAGAUCCAACGGGGACUCUUCAGCCGCCGUGGCUACCCGGCGGAAGGCCAAGGCACCAGGGCCUUCGUCCAGCUCAGCAUCUUCCGGCUCCAGCGGCAAGUGGAGCAUCUCCCACAUCGCCUCCGACAGUGCCACCCGGACAACACCCUGCUGAAUCUCAUCAAGCUGAGGGUCACGCGCGACGAGCAUCCGCUCCUGCACUGCGAGGUGGUACUGCUCAAGAACCGUCGCAAGACGUGUCACGAAGCACCGGAGCUGAGACAGGCGCUCCCCACGCUCAAGGUACUCCGUCUCGCCCGGGGCCUCCUCCGCCCACCCGCUCCCCCACCUCCCCACUCGGGGAUCAUUCGGCCAACCCAUGUUCCACCACUCCAAUUGCGGGUCCCGGGCGGUCCCAGGCAUUGCAAACUCGUCCCACCCGCGGUGCCGCUCGUUUGGCUGCGACGACACCUGGACAGGAGUCACACCAAGGUGUCAGUGAUGGGAAGGAGAACCAGACCCAGAGACAAGGGGCAAACGCACGAGGAAAGGCAACGGCAAGGGAGGGAGCGACGGGAGGUAAGGACUCACCACACCCCAUCGAGCUGCGGAAGGACGGGACCGAGGAACAAGGGGAUGCUGGCGCUGAGGCGGCGGGAGAGAAGGAGCAACCGGAGGAGGAGCGUGAGCGGCGGGAGGGGCUGCGACUGACGGAGCGAUCAAAAGGGAAGGCGCCGAUGGAGGAGGCGCCGACGGUGGAGGCGCAAGAGGUGGCGCAGGGACCGGCUGGAUCUGAGAGGGAGCUAGCACAGGCGGAACGAGCGCCGGAGGCUGCAGAGGCGGCGGGAGAAUGGACGUCGGUGGGGGUGCUGGGGAUGGCGGCUGGGGAGCGCGCCCACGAGGAGGAUGGAACGGACUGGAUCACCAUGGCUGAUGGCGGGGACGCCGGGAUUGACGGAAGGGCUGGCCGCGGGGACGCAGGUAGUAAGGCGUUCGACCAGGAGGGGGGUGAUACACUGGACCGCCGCGAGAGUCCGGCAGAUGACGCGGCUCACGGCCCGAUCCGCCGCUCGAUUCGGCUUCAACCAAGUCUGCGGCGGCUCGGAGCAGGGCUGGCACCUGGCCUCCCUGGCCCCCUUCGGGGGUGGGAGCGUCAGACCGUCCAACCACGACCUCACGACGAGGGGCCCUCGCGGCCUUACCCGUCAUCGGCGUGGGCGGACGAGGAGGGCGAGUUAGAGCUACCGGCGGAGGAAGCGAACCAGGAGGAAGAAGUGCUACGCCUAGCGGAGGCAGAACGCAGGCGGAGGACUGGAACGAGCCGCCAGCGAGCACUGCAGGACCAGGCCGAUGAUCGCGCAGCAGGCCGUCAGCCGGCAAACGCGGCACCGAGGGCGGCGGGUAGAGGCAGGGGGAGAGGGCGGACCAGGGGGAGAGGCAGCCGAGAUCUGGCGGGAGCUGUGGCGAGGGAGAAAUCCAGAUCUGGUUUCUGGCGGGAACGACACGGGAGGCCAGAGGAACAAGGUGAAGAGCCAAUGAAUGAAGAAGAGGGGGGGGAAGGGUCAGACUAUAUGGCAUCACAGGAGGCGGAAUCAGAAGAUGCCUCGCUGGAGGCCGAACGAGGGGUGCCCAUCCCAGCCACAGAGAGGGGACAGGGGUCGGGACAGGGACGGAGAGAGGAGGGUGCCGACGUGGGGGAAUCCACACCGCAGCAGCCCAACGAGGCUGCCAGCAAGGAGCGUAACCCCACCACCAUCGUGGAUGAUGAGGGCACGUGGCUGAGGGUGCACGCAUGGGAUCUGGGGCCACUGCAUUCCGUGCUAAACAGCCCACAUGUAUUCACCAUGGGCAAACUCAUCGCCCUUUGGUUGGCGUCAGUUGCAGCCAACUCUUGA